UUAAAUUCUUCUUACCCACCACUACUUCUUGUUCAUUUUCAGACAUAAUUAAGUAACCCUAGUUUGGUCUCUUUCACUCAAAGUCUUAGCCGCGAGAGAGAGAGAGAAGAGAAGCUAUGGCUCCUCCACAUAAGCUUUUACUCUCCGCCAUUGUCUUUACCGUCAUUGUAGCUGCCACCACCGGACAUGGUCGUGGUAAUGAUGGUGGUGGAGAAGAUAUCGUGCAUUCCUCUUGCGAGCACGCGAGCUUCCCAUCACUAUGCGUCCGUACUCUUUCAUCUUACUCCGGUCCAACCAUCACCAACCGCCGGGAUUUAGCUCAAGCCGCGGUCAGAAUCAGCAUCUCACACGCGCAAAGCGCAGCUAAGAAACUCGAGGCGGUGAGAGACUCGGUGGGGAAGAAGAAGCUGGAGAAAGGGCCGCUUGUGGACUGUGUGGAGAUGAUUGGAGACUCCGUGGACGAGCUGAGCCGUACGCUCGGCGUUUUGAAGCAUCUCCGCGUCUCAGGCGGUUCGGCUAAGGAGUUCCGGUGGCAGAUGAGCAAUGCACAGACGUGGGCUAGCGCUGCGCUUACUGAUGACGACACGUGUCUUGAUGGGUUUCAAGGUAUCGACGGUGAAAUCAAAACGGAGGUGAAGCGAUGGAUGACCAAGGUGGCCAGGGUUACGAGCAACGCGCUUUACAUGAUCAACCAGCUAGAUGACACACGUGGCAAACCCCAUGUCGUACAUCUUUGAUGUUAAAUAUAAAUAAGCUAGAUCAUCGUUCUAAUGGACGGUCUUUAAUUGUGUGUUGCCUCUAGUUUUCAUUCGUGUGUGUUAAUUGCAACAAGAUAUCAAAAAAAUGUCUACUAUAUAUAGAAAUGAGUUUUUGAAA